AUGGUUGAUUGGGCAAGUCAAGAUCGUUUGUAUCCAGGUGGUUAUCGACCAGUUGAUAUUCGAUGUCGACGUAUUAGUGUUGAUUCUUCAUUACCUUAUUCUGUUGCAUUAAAUAAAAGACACAAUUGUCGUUCACAAUCAAAACAAUUAAAAAUAUUUAAUAAUGAGAAUAUUUUUAUUGAAAAACUUUAUGAUGGUCUUUAUUCAGCUAUUGAUUUCUUUAAUAAAACUUCUAAAACAUCUACAAAUGAUAGAAAUCCCAAAUUACUUGCAUCGUAUACUUCAAAUAUAAAUUGGCCUCGUUCAAUAUGUUGUUUAUCUGAAAAAGAUGGAUCAUUAAUAAUAUGUGAACAAGAUCGAUGUCGUCUUCUUCUUUUUACAUCAAAAUUAAUUCUUCGUUCAACUUGUGGUGGAAAACGAGGUAAUGGUCUCUAUGAAUUUGAUUCACCAUGGAGUAUUGCUGAAUUAAUUGAUAAUUCAUCAUCAUCAAAUGUUCUCGUAGCUGAUACAAAUAAUAGACGAAUAAAAUUUUUUUCCAUCGGGUAUAAUGGACAAUUUUUACAUAAACAUUGUUUAGUUACAAAAGAAAAACCUUAUUUCAUUGCAACAAGUAAACGACAUUUUGCUGUAUCAUGUGAAAAAUGUUUUAUUAUUACUUUCUUAACAAAUCAAAGAACUAAAGUAGCAAAUAUUAAUCUCAAAAACAUAUCAUCAAUACAAAAUUCAAGUGAAAUAGCUUAUUGUUUAUGUAUGGAUCCAGAAAAUAGUUUUAUUUUCAUUAGCAAUCCAAUUGCAAAAUCAAGUAUUAUUCAUCAAUUAACAAUAACUGGUCAAUAUCUUCGUUCUAUUAAACUUGAUCGUAAACCAUUUCUUCAUAUAUCUUGUCUUACAUUUGAUUCUCGUAAUCAACAAAUAAUUAUUGGUGAUUCACUUAAUUCAAUUAUUUAUUCAUUAGAACAUGAUUUAGAUGAAGAUAAUGUUGAAAUUUUAUUAAAACGAUCUGAUAAUGUUAACUAUCCACAAGAUUUAUGUAUUAGUAAUGAAGGUCAUUUGAUUGUCGUUGAAUGUAGUGUAUUAACAGACCAUGCAUUAAAAAUGUUUCGAUAUCAUCCAUGUCGAUGUCAUUCACGUUUAACAACAUCUAGCGUUAAAACAAGUGAAACAACAAGUGUUAGAUCAAUUAUUUAUUAA